AUGAAUCCAACUCUCAAUAGUAUUAUAUCUUCUCUGCAGAGAAAUGGAACAUGUAUUAAUUCUUUAAUUGCUGCUUUGACUAUUGCUGGACAACAGUUGUUCUCCUCUUAUACAUUUGGAUGUCCCUGUCAGGUUGGGAAAAACUUCUAUUAUGGUUCUGCUUUUUUAGUCAUUCCAACCCUGAUCCUUCUGCUUGUUGGAUAUGCUCUGAGAAGUCAAACAUGGACAAUCACUAAUGAAUACUGCUGCAAAUGUGCCUCUCGACAUCAGAAAGUCAACCCCCUGGAGCGCAAGCUGGCUUGCCUUCGAUUCUUUGGCAUCACUGGGAGGGCACUUGUUGCUCCAUUGACAUGGCUGGCAUCAAACUUGCUAACAGGUAAUUACUAUGAAUGUGCUGCAAGUGAAUUCACAUCUGUGGACCAAUACCCAGUGUUUGACAAUGUCAGUGCUGACAAACGGGAAGAAAUCCUGGCUGAGUUUCCAUGUUUCACAUCAACUGAGUCUGAAGAUAUGAUCCUGGUAAGAGAUAACAUAGCCCUUAUGCACAGAUACCAAUCACAGAUGCUGGGCUGGAUUUUGAUCACGUUGGCAACUGUUGCUAUCCUUAUCUCCCGCUGUGUGGCGAGGUGCUGUACUCCCUUCACCUCCCUGCAGUAUUACUACUGGAACAACCACCUCCAAAACGAACAGGAGCUCUUUCAAGAGGCUGCAGAGCAGCACUCACGCUUCCUCAUCAGACAGCGUAUAAAGAAACUAUUUGGUUUUGUUCCUGGAGAUAAAGAAGUCAAACACAUCCGUAUUCCUUCUUGCCAGGACUGGAAAGAUAUGUCAGCACCCAGUCUUCUAUGCAUGGGUGAGGAUUUUCAAGGUCAUUAUAGCUUCUUAAGAGACAGGGUGGAUGAAGAGAAUGAAGAAGACAAAUCAGAAGGCAUUGAACUAAAAGGAAUUUUAUAUGGCACAAGAGCCAAAGCAGAUAUGGAAAAGCCAAGUACCUGGAAAUGGAGAAACUACCCUGCCACUGGACCCAUCGUUUUGGGCCCACCCGAUGCACAAUUUUCCGCGCCCACCGGUCACUGGUCUCUCGCUCAACUCCCGUGGACCCCAAGCUGCGAGUUUCGGGAACGGUUAGUAACCACCGGCCAGCCAGCCACUACCACCACCACCACCACCACCACCACCACCUGA